AUGGAGCCCCAGCACAACCCAGACGAACUCAUGGGAGAGGAGGAGCUCGGUGCCUCCUUCUCGGUCGAUUCCUUUUUUGCCGAGGAGGCUGUCACCCCCGCUGUCUCUGCUCCGCCUCCCGCGAAACGCGUCUGCGCUGCUGGUUCUUCCAGUUCUGUGCCUGUGGCUCCCCGGGCGGCCACGGUGGUGCCGCCAGUCCCUCCGGUCAUGGCUCCCGCAGCUGGUCCUUCCUCGGCUGCGCCUGCUCCUUCAACGUCGACCCAGGAUGCCAAUCCUGUGGUCGCCCUCGCCAUCACCGGCCGGUAUCAGCGCCUACGGCGCAACCGCGAGACUGUGGGAGUCGUCGUCGUGGCCUUGGCUCGCGACACCGAUGCACUUGUCGUGCUCCUGUUCCCUGAGGCGCUCGGAGCACACCGCAGCCGCAUCCUUACCCGCGUCCGCAGCAUCCUCCGCGGUCGUGAUUUCUCUGGUGGCCGCGUCCCUGUCUUCGAGGCCUCCGCAGGCGAGCUGCUGCGCCUUCCCCGUCGCUCGUACUGCCGUCACAUGCUUCAGUGGUCGUCGGCUGAUGAUGCAAACCGCUUCAAGCAACUCCUUCCGAUCACCUACCGCUCUUCCAAGGGGCCGACCGUGGAGAUUAAGGUUUACCAGGAUCCCGCUCCCGACUUCUCCGCGGCAAAGGCUCGUGGUGAAACUGUUCUGGUGUUGCGCAACGUCCAUGUGGGCUUUGCGGUCCAUACGAUUCGCUCUCUGCUCGUGUCAAGUGCCUCUCAGGGUGCUAGGUGGCUCGGUGACCUUAUAUUCUUUCAUAAGUUGUUUGACCCCUAUGAGGAGUCCUUUCUCCCACAGAUGCUGGGCAUAGCCGUCGCGCCUCCCAACGACCCGCUGUUCGAGGCUAUUCCGGCCGUGAUCUGGGUGCCUAACUGCCUCUACUCGCUUUGCUUUUGGGUCGCCAGGAUCAUCGGCCACCAUCCUUCAGUGGCCUCCUUCAAGGCAGACCCCGGCACCUUCUUCAUCGGAACCGACCUCGAGGUGGAGGUCUGGACCUGCGCUCUGUGUUCCUUCUGCUGUGGCUGGGCACUGGACAGUGCCAUGGAGCAUAUUGCCAACCCCUCCCACGUGUCUGCCACCCAGCAGAUAUCCGGCAGCCCCACUCCCCUGGAAGAGUACGGGGAUGUGAAGGCCCACAUCUUCAAUCAGAAUGGCCCUAUCGCUGCCUUUCUUGCGUAG